GGGUCAGGCCCGAGUUCCGGGCCCGCCGCCCUCUCUCCCGCGUCGCGGCCCGCUGUGGCGGCCCGGGUUUCGGCUUCCAGGCGGAGUCCACGGACAAGGCGCGAUGAAGGCGCUGAUCUUGGUGGGCGGAUACGGGACGCGGCUCCGGCCGCUGACGCUGAGCAUCCCGAAGCCCCUGGUGGACUUCUGCAAUAAGCCCAUCUUGCUGCACCAGGUGGAGGCGCUGGCCGCGGCGGGUGUAGACCACGUGAUCCUGGCGGUGAGCUACAUGUCUCAGGUGCUGGAGAAGGAAAUGAAGGCGCAGGAGCAGAGGCUGGGAAUCCGCAUCUCCAUGUCCCAUGAAGAGGAGCCUUUGGGCACAGCUGGGCCCCUGGCACUGGCUCGUGACCUGCUCUCUGAGACUGCAGACCCUUUCUUCGUCCUCAACAGUGAUGUGAUCUGUGAUUUCCCCUUCCAAGCCAUGGUGCAGUUCCACCGGCACCAUGGUCAGGAAGGCUCCAUCCUGGUGACCAAAGUGGAGGAACCCUCCAAGUAUGGUGUGGUGGUGUGUGAGGCUGACACAGGCCGCAUUCACCGGUUCGUGGAGAAGCCACAGGUGUUUGUGUCCAACAAGAUCAACGCAGGCAUGUAUAUCCUGAGCCCUGCGGUGCUGCGGCGCAUCCAGCUGCAGCCUACGUCCAUUGAGAAGGAGAUCUUCCCUGUCAUGGCCAAGGAGGGGCAGCUAUAUGCCAUGGAGCUGCAGGGCUUCUGGAUGGACAUUGGGCAGCCCAAGGACUUCCUCACUGGCAUGUGCCUCUUCCUGCAGUCAUUGCGACAAAAGCAGCCUGAGCAACUAUGCUCUGGUCCUGGCAUUGUGGGCAACGUGCUGGUGGACCCAAGUGCCCGCAUUGGCCAGAACUGCAGCAUUGGCCCCAACGUGAGCCUGGGUCCUGGUGUGGUGGUGGAGGAUGGCGUGUGUAUCCGGCGGUGCACGGUGCUUCGAGAUGCCCACAUCCGUUCCCACUCCUGGCUCGAGUCCUGCAUUGUGGGCUGGCGCUGCCGUGUGGGCCAGUGGGUGCGCAUGGAGAACGUGACCGUGCUGGGUGAGGACGUCAUAGUUAACGACGAGCUCUACCUCAACGGGGCCAGUGUGCUGCCCCACAAGUCUAUUGGCGACUCGGUGCCAGAACCUCGCAUCAUCAUGUGAAGGGAUGCCUUGGGGCUGGCUGAGCCCCUUUCCCCCACUGGCAAGGGGAGCACUGGCGUGACACAUCAGAACACUCUGGACUCAUUGCCAUUCAUCUGAGGAGGCUGAAGCUGUUGGACACCUGCCUUCUCCUGUGGACAAAAUCGGGCAAUGCCCUUGCUAGACAUACCCGACAAAACCUACUCCUUCAAAAAGGGCUGGGCCAGGGCUGUAUGGAAUAAUAAUUUAAUGCUCACUGUG